AUGGCUUUCCCAUCAGAAAAUCCAAAAUUCAAAUUAAGCUACUUCAAUGUGGGGGCGAUAGCUGAACCAAUCCGCCUAUUGUUUGCAUAUGGUGGUGUCGAUUAUGAGGAUAUUCGAGUAAGCCAUGAAGAAUGGACAGUGCUUAAGCCGACCAUGCCAAUGGGUCAAAUGCCGGUUCUCGAAGUCGAUGGAAAACGCGUACAUCAAAGCGUUUCGAUUGCGCAGUACGUUGCUAAACGAGUUAAUUUGUCCGGAGCUAAUGAUUGGGAAAAUUUACUAAUUGAUGCAGCUGUGGAUACUAUAAAUGACUUUAGAGCGAAAAUAGUAGCCGUUCAAUAUGAACGGGAUGAAGCAGUUAAGGAAAAGAAAAUGGUUACAUUGAAUGCAAAAACCAUUCCAUUUUACUUGACGAAAUUAGAUGACAUUGCUAAGGAAAAUAAUGGUCAUUUGGCUCUUGGAAAGUUGACAUGGGCUGACUUCUAUUUUGUCGGCAUUAUUGAUUAUCUCAACUACAUGGUUAAGCUCAAUCUACUCGACGCCUAUCCGAAUUUAAAAGCAGUUGUCGACAACGUCAGUUCUUUGGAUGCUGUUAAGACUUAUCAAUACAAAAGUAAAUUGUAA